AUGCCGGGAAACAAGCGACAGCGAACGCUGGUGGACUUUAAGAUCCCGAAGACUGAUAUUUUGCGUGGAAACCAGCCGAAAGAGCCUCAAAGUGCACCACUUUACAUUGAUCUGGAGUGCGAUGAGGUAGACGUAUCUGCUGUUGUUAAGCAGGAAACGGCCACAAACGGUCGUGAACUGUUUGUCACUGAUGAGGAUGACGAAGUUAUAGAAAAUGCGGUAGAAGUUAGUGGCAAACCUGAAAUCGAUCGGAACACAGCCAGCAAGCUGGAAUGCGGCUCACAGAGCGAGUCUUGCGAUUCUGAUCUACCUAGAAAUGAUGAUUCGGUAUACGACCUGACGAACGAACCUCAAAAGCUAGAGCUACAGGAAAAUAAUUCAAACACCAAGAUUCGUCGUCACAGCAAAGAGUUUCCCAUUAAACUGCGACACCGGCCUGAGAAAAAACCCCGGGUUUCUAGAUUGCCGUCCAAAGUAGACACUGAACUUCCAGGCUCUGAGCUAAAACCAGUUGUGUCGAUCCCGGAAGUGGGUCAGGAGCAGCAAGUUCUGUGUCCUGUGUGUGGUGUUGUUUUGACAUCACUCGAAAUUCACGAACGAGAAGCGCAUUGCGAUAAUUGUCUUACCACAGGACCACCGUCAACAGCCAAACGGACCGGGAGACCGUUGCCCAAGCUUCCGAAUGUGAAAAAAAUUCGCUUCACUAACCAUACCAUUGUAGUAGACGGCUUCAAUUUCGACUCCGACCCAGCCAUUAACCAAUAUUUUUUGUCCCAUUUCCAUGCAGACCACUACAUGGGCGUCAAGAAAUCGUGGACCCAAGGUUCUAUUUACUGCUCCAAGGUAAGUGCGGAUCUGCUGUCAUAUAAGUUCAAAGUUCCCUACGAAAGAAUUGUGGCACUGCCACAAGACGUCACCGUUCAGGUGGCAGAAGGUGUCUCCGUGAUCAGUUUUGAUGCUAAUCACUGUCCUGGGUCUUUCGUGUUUUUGUUUCGGGAGUUCGAUAAAGACGACAAUACAAUUCAAUGGGUUCUGCACACCGGUGAUUUCCGAAGUAAUAAUGAACUUAUUUCGCGUGUAAAUGCCUACACCAACAAUGCCCACAUUGACAAAGUAUACCUGGAUACAACAUACAUGUAUCCAUCGUACCACUUUCCCUUACAGGGUUCCGUGCUGGACGCCACCAGCGCCUUCACUGAUCAGCUGAACACCGUAGGGUUCAAAAAGCUAUUUGGAGACCGUCAAAGCUCUAUCAUGAAUUUCCUAUCCAAAUCUCUUCGCCAACGUCACCUGUACAAAUUCGUUUUCGUGGUGGGCACAUACACAAUUGGCAAGGAGAAGCUGGCUGUUGCUAUUGCUCAAAAGCUCGGCACCAAAAUAUUUCUUCCUAAGGACACGACGAAGCAUCGUAUUUUCCAAACCUACGAAUCCAUUUUUCCUGAGGGCAUCAUCACUCAUGACAUUACCAAAUCCUGCGUUCAUUUGGUGUCUAUGCGAACACUAGCCACAAAGGAAAGUCUUCAAUUUUAUUUCAAGCCCAUUGCUCAUAUUUACGAAGAUAUGGUUGCCUUUUCGCCGACUGGUUGGUCCUUCAAGAGCGGCGGUAAGUUUAUCAAACUUUAUGAGUCUUUGGAGCAAAAAAGAAUCCACACUUUGGAAUUGCUGGACGAUACCAAAGUAGAUCAUAUGGACGCCGCGUCCUUGCUGUCCCAAUAUAAGCGCCAAGCGCGAUUCCAGGUCUUUCGGGUUCCUUAUUCUGAGCACAGCAGCUUUAAAGAAUUAGCAAAUUUCUGCUCGAAGCUUCCAUGGAUCAAAAUGAUUCCUACCGUCAAUACCCGCGACACUUAUAUGGUGCAACAAAUGGAAGGGUGGUUUAAGGCUUGGAAAAGUAUACAGGACGAACGACGAUUACAACUUUGA